AACCUCAUUCUGAAUGAAUGAAAUUCCUGUUGCAGGAAAAGAAAAUUAAAAUACAGGGGCUUUGGUUGAUAAAUUACAAAUUUACUAUCCAAGAAACCCUAAUUUGGCUUGAUGAUUGAUUUCGAGGGAACCCAAUAAAAAGUGUUUUGUUUCCUCUUAAUUUUCUCUGUUCACAAGGUGGGUUUCUAUUGGAAAUGCCGAUCGCGAGGAUUGGGUUGAUCUCAUGGUUCAACAGGAAGGUGGUGGAUCCUCUCUUGCAAAUUCUCCAUAGGGGUGCAGAACCGAAGCAACUUGCAUUUUCGACAGCUCUUGGCUUCACUUUGGGAGUAUUCCCCAUAUGUGGGGUCACCUUCUUUCUUUGUGGGAUGGCUAUUGCGCUGCUUGGUUCACGUUGUCAUUCUCCAAGUGUGAUGCUUGCAAACUUUGUUGCUACUCCAGUAGAGUUGAGUCUGGUGAUUCCUUUCUUGCGCUUUGGGGAAGUCAUUUCUGGUGGUCCUCAUUUCCCAUUAACCUCUGAUGCAUUAAAGAAAGUAUUUACUGGCCAAGCUUCGUGGGAAGUCCUACUCAGCAUUGCCCAUGCGUUGCUUGGCUGGCUCAUUGCGGCUCCAUUCAUCUUGGGUGCACUCUACCUUGUGCUUCUACCAUGUUUCAAGUAUCUGGUUUCCAAGUUUGGUCCUACUCCUUCAAGCCCAAAGAAGCAACUACAUUCCCCCAGAGAAGUCAAGCUCAAGGUACGGGAUGCUUAACAACCCUUGAACUCUUAACACAACCCUUUGUAUAUAAGAUAUUAUUCACUAUGGUGAAUGAUUGUAUAAUAACUAAGGACAUUUUAUUGUUCGGUAGAUGAUUGGCAAAGUCAGGUAUGUCUUUAAUUGCUG